AUGGCAGAGGUGGCAGUCGACGCUAUUCCUGUUUACAGGAGGCUCAUCGGGCGUCUCUUGGAGCGAGCAGAGGCCGCCAAGCCUGUCAAAUCAAUCGAGCCGCCUUUGACAGAGUCGCAUCUCGGCGACUCAAUAUGGGCAGUUACUGGGGAGGACCAAGCGCAAGUCGAUGUGCUGAGCCAGCAAGCACGAUAUGCUACGGUGGAGAUUGCUUUUCGAGAGAAUUUCUACAGCCUCUUGGCGACAACAUCGAUUGACCAGCCGGCAUUUAUUCAGAUAUGGAAUCUGCUCGAUAUAAUUUCAAUAUUCUCCGAUAAUGAACAAUGCGAGCCGGGUCUAAUAUUCUGGCUGAUCGAAGAGCUCCUCGACAGCCAGACAAUUGACAGCUGUCGCAAAGUUUUCGACUACCUUGAGUCUCGGAGGGAACAAAACACAAAGAAACACUUCAAGCAGAAAAGCCUGAUCAUCUUGAGAUCUUGCAACGAACUCCUCCGGCGGCUUUCUCGUGCAGAAGAUACGGUCUUUUGCGGACGCGUCUUCAUUUUCUUGUUCCAGAGUUUUCCCCUGGGCGAUAAAAGCUCCGUUAACCUUCGAGGAGAGUACCAUACGGAGAAUGUUACGACAUUCGACGAGAUCGCCAAACUGGCUGUUCAAAAUGAGAAUAUUGAUAUAGAUGGCGAUGAAAAGGACCUACUCUCUACGGCAUCCGAACCGAUGAAAGUCGACGAAUCACAGACACCAAUCGGUGCUGGAAUCCAAGUAAACAGUCAAGACUCAGGAAUACUUCCAAAACUCACGGUGUCAAAAGUGAUCGAUGGUGACUUGACUGAAAAAGUUGAUCUAAACGAUCUCUAUCCGAAGUUUUGGACAUUGCAGGCGUACUUCUCAGCCCCGACAAAAGUUUUUGAUUCUCAACACUUCGCAUCAUUCAAAUCGGGUCUCGAGGCCACUCUUUUGACUUUCAGAAACGUCACCACGGAUCUGGAAGGUCAAGGCAGCUUGCGAAAUUCAGAAGAUGUGCGUAAGUCUGCCAAAAGAAAGCGAACAAUGGACGGAGCCGAAAUCGCUAGCAACUUCAACCCCAAAUAUCUCACCAGUAGGGACCUAUUCGAUCUCGAGGUUAGCGACACGGCUUUCAGGCGGCAUGUUCUUGUCCAAGCUCUUAUUCUUUUGGACUUCAUGCUUUCCCUGACGCCCAAGGCGAAAGCUCGAUUGGCAGAUCUCACAAAUAAAUCCGUGCUCUACGGCUUUGUCCUUGGCGAAGAAGAUGCUCAAUGGGCCACGGAAAUGAGAAAGGCGAUCGAGGAGUACCUACAGGAAGGUCUAGGUGGCAAGUUCUACUACCGCAUGGUGGACACCGUGCUUUCAAGAGACAAAAAUUGGGUACGGUGGAAGGCCGAAGGCUGUCCGCUCAUUGAAAGACCUCCUGUCUCGGUGAAAGAGUACUUAGGGGCUCGCGAACAUGCAACUAAACUCUAUGCGAAUAAACGCCUUCGACCGUCUCCAAUGGGAUCUCUUGACCUGAAAUUUCUAUCCGAGGGAGAGUCUACAACAAAGUUUGAGCGGCUCAAGGAACCAGAUAGGUCGGAUACCCCUAACCCAGAGUCCUUCAUGAUGGGCAUCAUGGACGACGAGCUCGACAUCGACAUGGCUCAGUCCAAGGAGGACAAAGAAAAUGCGACGAGAGCCAAGGCUAGCAAGAUCUGGCGGAUGCUUCGUCUGUCAUCACGGAGCAAACUUUCUGUCUUCGAUCAAAUUGAGGAUGGUAAAAACAUCAAGAUCCUUUUCGAAGCACCAAAAACCGCCACUGAGUCUGCAAACACCACAAACGAACCCGAACAGGGACAAGCAAACGCCGAGGAGAAGGUCGAGAAGGAGGGAACACCGGCUGAUGCUUCCAAUACUGCGGAUGCUCAGGACCGCUCGGCCACUGUGACGUAA